AUGUCAAUAUCAGCACUGCCUCCAUCUACAGCUCGCCUUUUAGGCUCCUCGACUGCAAUCGCAGAUCCCCUUUCACUGGUCAAGGAGCUCGUGGACAACAGCAUUGACGCAGGUGCCACAUCUAUUGAAAUCACCACAACAUCCAACACCGUCGACAAGAUCCGGGUCCGGGAUAAUGGCCGAGGAAUCCGACUCGAGGACUACGACUCAUUGGGCCGCCGAGCUCACACAAGCAAACUCCGAACCUUUGACGAGCUAGAAUUCAAGGGCGGCACUACCCUAGGGUUCCGCGGUGAGGCGCUUGCUAGUGCCAACUCUCUGGCAACUAUCAAAGUUUCAACUCGAACUGCUCAAGAUCCCGUUGGAUCGCUUCUGUUCCUAAAGUUUGGACAGGGCGGGAUUGAAAAGCAGCAACCCAUAUCCAGCACUGUGGGAACGACAGUCCAAGCUUGGAAGCUAUUCGACAACAUCCCCGUGCGGAAGCAGACUGCCUUGAAAGGGAGUCGCAAAACACUAACCAACAUCAAGAAACUCCUGGAAGGCUACGCAUUAGCGCUGCCACAUCUGAAACUAUCUUUCAAAGUUCCUGGCGAUCCUUGCCAACCAUGGCUGUAUUCGCCUUGUGCCUUGAUGAACACGCGAGAGGCUAUUACACAAGUCUUUGGCCAUGCACUCGUCACUCAACUCGAUGAGAUCUCAUCAGGCACAGGUACCGAUGGACCGGCGAACUACCUGUCACAAGAGAUUGUUCUCACUGCGUUUCUUCCAAGCCGCGGGAGCGAUGCCAAGAUAGUCAAGAACAAGGGAGCUUUCAUCUCGGUGGAUUCACGACCCAUUUCCUCCACAACUGGGACAGGGAAGAAGAUUGUUGCCAUUUUCAAGGCGAGCAUCUCGCGGACUUUGGCCUCAACUAAGGAUUUACGGUCUCUUCCCAACCCUUUCAUGCAACUCAGUAUCAAGUGCCAACCAGGUUCCUACGACCCCAAUGUAUCACCACUCAAGGACGAGGUGCUUUUCAAGGACGAACCAGCGAUCCUCAGUUGCUUUCAGGCCCUUUGUGACAAGGUUUACAGAGGGAAGGAUUCUGUGACCACAGGAGUGGCUCCUGGGCGAGAGGAGCAACGCAAUGUGCGCAUCACAAGGCAGAUGCAGAGAGAAACCUCGCUACCCCAGACGUCAGUGACCCCACGAGGAUCAGGAGAGAAGCCAACUGGUGUCAACUGCCAAGGCAACACACAAGAAAGCAGCACGAUGAACGAUCUAGACCCUAUCGAGGCUCUUAACGAUGAGCUCGAAAGAGUUCUUGACUUUAGUUCCAACAACUCUCAAGGUGGUAAUGGUCCUUCACCUGUUGCUACUCGCGCUUCUCGGUCACUCAGUACUGCCCGCCCUGCCUAUCGGAAUGAGGCUGCUGAUGCCGAAGAACCUCGAACUGUUUCAGCAACAAUGAGAACCAAGGCUGUGGUCAACCUCUCCCGGAACGACAGCAACUCAAGCGACCCAGGUGGUACAGAAGGGUUGAUCCCGGUACAACUUGCGCGAAGACAUGCAGCUUCCUCUCGUCGCCAGGAGUCACCCCCCAUCCGCUUUUCUGAAGACAUUGGUCGAUAUUUCCGACCCAAACGUCAUGAGCCAAUAGAGAUUGCAACAGAUGAAACAGCUACGGUGGAAAACAUGCAAGAGGAACAUUUGUCGAAUCCCAACACAGCCACGGGUCGCCUUGAGAUUCGCCGCCCCCCACUCGUGGAGUUGACAGAGUCAGACCUGAAUAUGCCCCGAGAGGAGGAGGAGGAAGAUUAUGAGGAGCACGGAGAUGAUGAGUCUGUGAUUGAGCUCUCUGUUGUUGAGCAAAACGCUACGCCGCUACGCAACAUGGCAGGCCAGGCCGCAGCGCCAGGUCAUGCAGUUCCUUCAACUUUGGUAAACAUCCCAUUCAGACCACUCACGAGACCACGACCAGCGCCAAAUCCGACGUUGCGUUCGGAAGAGCCUUCUGCUCUUCGGACACCCCCUUCGUCAGAUCCUGUGCGUGCCAAUCACCUGUAUCGUGGCAGUCCAUCUGGGAGCCCAAUCAAUCAAGGCUUGGCCAGAGGCCAAAUGUCGCCUCGGAACGCUGCCAGAAUGUCGACUGACAGGUUCGCGGAUCACGGAAGGCGUCGACGUCAAGUGCAACAUGGACGGCACGGGAGCCAGUUGACGGGCGAGAGCGCGGGCCAGGGGACUCAAAGUUUAGGUGCCUUUCCAGAGAUUGCAAGAGAAUCGGACGAGCAACAGCCUCAGGGAAAUGGCCAGUGGGCACACACUCUACAGACAUUACUGAUGAGGACACCUCCACCGCCCGAGACAAGGCUGGGCAGACAACCCCUGAGUGAGAGACGUGAGGAUCUGGGUGUAGCACCAGAAAGCGUCGAGGCCGAGGGCUCGACCAGGGCGGCAAAACGUCGACGAAUUCUUUCACGCACUGCAUCCUCGCAAGGCGAAGAGGAGCAAGAUCACCGACGUUUUCUCAUGAAACGACAGCGCUCUUGCACGCAGGGGGGAAGGCUGAAACGCCUCGGCUCAAAGAGACUUCCUUUUGAGACAAUACCUCAGGACUACGUCACAACGGGUCUUGUGUUGGGACUCAACGUCGGAAUGAGCGACGUGAACAGAAUGAUCUCGACGCAUAUGGCCUUUGUACAUGGGGAGCAACGAGGUAGAGAGGCAGGCUUGCAGUUCAAGAGCCUGGACGAGGUGGAGGAAGUGGACAAGCUUCUGCGGCAGGUGGUGGGGUCAUGGGUGAGAGAGAUGCCAUCAGUUGAGGUGGAAUACACGCUGCGAACUGGAGCAAAGGGGAAAUUAAGAACAUAG